UUUUUCCCCCAGAGUUGUCUUGAACGCAAUGAAGUCGGAGAUUUAUCCAGUUACAAGUUGUUUUGAACAGAGCAUCAAUUGGCACAAACCUAUUUGCGCUGAGUUGAGAAACACAAAUGAGGGAAAAGUCGGUGGUUGUACUCGAUACAAGUUUUAAAAAAAUGUUUAAAGUUAGAAUUUCAUCACCCCGCGGAAGGACCGCAGGCUGCCGCAGUUGUACAGGACAAACAUAGGUACAGGUAAAGCGUUUUCAGAAUUGAAAUGUUUACAAGUAUCGACUGAUGGUGACUCAGUGUUGUUGCUAUCAAUUCUCAACUCCGCCUCCGUAUAAAAUAACGGAAUUGAGUUUGGUAGCUUAUAAUACGUUUUGUAUUGUAGACCUACACCGUGACCGGCAAGCUGUAGAUGACAUGCGUAUUGUGCAAUUCCACAAACAUUAACCUGGAGAGAGGCGAUCAUUUUUGUGCUGGUCCGGUGUGUGACGUCACAUUUUAAACACGGUGGCUGGUUGUGCGCUUGUAAACAAUAGGCUACUGAUUUCGUUCUGGGCACAGCGCAGGCAAGACACGCGGGAGAGAACAUAACUAGGAAGAGUGAAAACCUUUUUUUAGGUGCUCAGCGCAUUCCAAGCGGCGAAUGAACAGAUUUGUGCAGGUUUUUAAGUGGAAUAUUUUUGUCCAUUUAUUGGAUCCAUUUUUGGAGGGGAAAUGGCAUGCCUUAUGGCAGCAUUUUCUGUGAAUAACGCCACUGUCACUAACUCCAUCCUAAUGAACACCAAUGGGCCUCCUGAUCUGAUGCUGGACCCCAGGACUGUAUGUGUAUCUCUUGAUGAAGUGGUAUCCAAUCAUGUGAGCAGUCAACAUACUCCAUUAUUAAAUGGGCAUCUCAAGAAAGUGGAGAACAGUCUAACUGAAGCCCAACGUUUUUCCUACCUGCCACAUCGACCAGCAGUAAACAUUGAAUUCAAAGAUGUCAGCUACUCAGUUCCAGAGGGACCAUGGUGGAGAAAGAAAGGUUACAAGACCCUGCUGAAAGGGAUCUCUGGGAAAUUCACCAGCUGCGGCCUGGUGGCCAUCAUGGGUCCCUCAGGAGCUGGGAAAUCUACCCUGAUGAAUAUUCUGGCCGGCUACAGAGAGACAGGGAUGAAGGGGGAGAUCUUGAUCAAUGGGCAGCCUCGUGACCUGCGCUCUUUCAGGAAGGUCUCGUGCUACAUCAUGCAGGACGACAUGCUUCUGCCUCACCUCACAGUACAGGAAGCCAUGAUGGUGUCUGCUAAUCUGAAGCUCCAGGAAAAGGAUGAGGGCAAGAGAGACAUGGUGAGGGAGAUCCUGACGGCCCUGGGCCUGCUUGAAUGUGCGAAAACCCGAACGUCACAUCUAUCAGGGGGGCAGAGGAAAAGGCUGGCCAUCGCCCUGGAGCUUGUCAACAACCCUCCCGUCAUGUUUUUUGACGAACCCACCAGUGGCCUGGACAGUUCCUCCUGCUUCCAGGUGUUGUCUCUGCUGAAGGCCCUAGCCCAAGGUGGCCGCACCGUCAUCUGCACCAUCCACCAGCCCAGCGCCAAGCUCUUUGAGCUCUUCAACAAGCUGUAUGUCCUUAGUCAGGGCCAGUGUAUCUACAGAGGGAAUGUACCUAACCUGGUCCCCUAUCUUAGAGAGCUGGGGCUCAACUGCCCAACGUACCACAACCCUGCAGACUUUGUGAUGGAGGUGGCGUCUGGGGAGUACGGAGAUCAGACGGCUCGUCUGGUGAAGGCCGUGCAGGAGGGGAAAUGUGAGCAGGUCUACAAGACAGACAUGAACGAUGGACCCCUCAACCCCUUCCUGUGGCACAAAUCUUCUGAGGAGGACUCCUCUUCCAGUGAGGGCUGCCACAGUUUCUCAGCCAGUUGUCUGACUCAGUUCUGCAUCCUGUUCAAAAGGACGUUUCAAAGCAUUAUUAGAGAUACGGUGCUGACUCACCUAAGAAUCUCCUCUCACAUUGGAAUUGGGAUUCUGAUUGGCCUGCUCUACCUGGGCAUCGGCAACGACGCCAAGAAAGUGCUCAGCAACUCUGGCUUCCUCUUCUUCUCCAUGCUCUUCCUCAUGUUUGCUGCUCUAAUGCCUACUGUUCUUACCUUCCCUUUAGAGAUGGGAGUUUUCCUAAGAGAGCACUUGAACUACUGGUACAGUCUGAAGGCUUACUAUCUGGCCAAGACUAUGGCAGACCUCCCCUUCCAGAUAGUGUUCCCAGUCGCCUACUGCAGCAUCGUCUACUGGAUGACGUCCCAGCCGCCUGACGCUGUGCGUUUCAUACUUUUCUUGGCCCUGGGAGUCCUCACCUCUCUUGUGGCUCAGUCUCUGGGCCUGCUGAUAGGAGCGGCUUCCACCUCGCUACAGGUUGCCACGUUUGUAGGUCCGGUGACUGCCAUACCCGUACUGCUUUUCUCUGGCUUCUUCGUCAGUUUCGACACAAUUCCGUGGUAUCUUCAGUGGAUGUCAUACAUUUCAUAUGUCAGGUAUGGCUUUGAAGGUGUCAUCCUCUCCAUCUAUGGCCUGGACCGGGAGGACCUCCACUGCAACAAGGAUGAAACAUGCCACUUCCAGAAGUCGGAGGCCAUCUUGAAAGAGCUUGAUGUGGAAGAUGCCAAACUGUACCUUGACUUCAUAGUGCUCGGCAUGUUCUUUGUGAGCCUCCGCCUCCUCGCAUACUUUGUGCUGCGCUAUAAGAUCAGUGCAGAGAGGUAGACUGGAGAGUGGGGGUAGGAAGAAGAAGGCCCAGAUCGCAUGAACGCUGGAAUACCGCUUCUGGAGACCUCCAGGCAGUGGCCAGAAACACUCCAUGCACACCAAACUCUUGGCCAAAGACUACAGAAUAUAGACACCAGUUGUGUGAGAGUGUGCAUGCUGUAUGAAUCUACUUUGCUUAGACAAACAAAGAUGGCAGAGAGGAGCUCAGUGCCUCAGCCCGUGGCUGAUUCCCAAUAUUACAAGACCAUUCUUGUUUAAAAACCAAAAAGAUUGGCUUUUUGAAGGCAAGGCUCCUGGCACAGUAGGAAUCUAGAUGUAAUCGCCUUGUGCAGUAUUUCUUUGUCCAAGAGAACCAACUAAGUAAUGUAGGAAUUUGUUGUUGAUAGGCUCUUGUCUAGUCUGUAGUUUCCAGACUGGUUUGUAUGACCACUGUGUGAAACCAAUUAAAUGAAAUAGCUUGGUGGAAGGACAAUGAGAAGACAAGGCCACACUUAAACUGGAGCUGGUUUCCUCCAAUGUGUGUUUAUUAUAUAGGACUGCCAGUCAAAUGGGGCUCUAAUCCAGGACCCUCAGUAAAUAAAGGGACAUGUACAACAUUGCUUGUUGCUAAUAUGGGAUAAAGCAAUCACAUACAUACAUUCUGACCAUGUGAGAGACUGUACAGUACCAGUAUAUAGUUUAUCUGGGGGUGAGUAUCCUGGAAGCAAACUUGGCAUGUAAACGCUCGACAACCCAGCCUCUCAGGCACAAGUGAGUAACAUCUGUGCUCUAACAAACUAAUUAAUCAAAUGAAGCACGUGCUAUGAGUUGCGUGGGCGUGCUUCCGGGUUUUUGAGAGAAACAAAGUAUCACGUUAGCACCCCAGGUCAGGGGUCUGUGGUUGGGAUUAUAGGGCUCGAGUCGUUGCAGGAAGAUAUGGGGGAUUUUAAUUCGGAUGUGACUGUGGUAGGCUUAACAUGACAGGCCAGAAUCCUAACCUGAGAUCUGAGGACGUAACGUGAACGCCAAGUUAAGCAUUACAUUAUCUCAAUCAUUACCAACACAGCUUAGUUUUAAAUGGCAUGGAGGAUAGUCACACAGUCAGUCAUGUAAAAGAGAAUUGAGAGUGAAGAGGAUUUUUCACUAGUUAAUCCUCUGUCACAAAAUAAAAUCAUAACGAGACAUUUUCACUGCAGGAAUUAUGGGUACAGUAGCUGGUGGUGGCACAAAAGGGCUGGAUUUUGGCACCUGUCUGGCCAAUCAGAACAUGCUCCAUGGCUAAAUAUGUGGUUGCUUUACAGUCUUUUAUGUUUUGCGUUGUCAUCAACACCAAUUUGAAUGUUAGUCCGCUAUAGCCUAGUUUGUUAAAUAGCCUACAGAAACAAAAUAACUAAAAUGUAGGCCUACCCAUCUUUGCUAAAUAUACUGAACAUGUUGGCAGUCCACAUUGCUCUAUGUAAUUGCAUUUGUUCAAUAUGGAAAUAUUAUUAAACAUAGCAUUCACACUGAUAUAGGGGCUAGGCCUACUGUAAAUGUCAUUAUGGCUGCGCCAUGGACAUGCCAAACGUUGUCAAUAAGCAAGAUAUAAUUCACUAUUGAUGAGGCCUAAAAAGAGGGAAUCAUUCUAAUCAAAUUCUAAUCUGAAGAAAAAGUUGUUUGAAGUAGGCUAUGUCUAAAUACAGUUAGGCACCAUAAUUACUCCCUGUGGGCAUAUAAUAUUACAGCAUAGACGCUGGACAAAGAUCCAAUAUAAAGAGAAUGUCCACUCACCAUUAUACUACUCCCAAAUAUGUUUUCUAAACAUAAUGGAACCAUCUUACAGAUCGCAUUCACAAGUCUCCAGAAAUAGCAGACGCUCCUAAAUUCCAUUGCAUGCGAGAUGAACGUUCUCAUCGUAAAGCGUGGUGAAACAUUUUAAAAUGUUUUAUUUUUAUUAAAUGAAACGUUAAAACAAGCAAUCAGGUUUUUUUUUUUUAACAACUUUAGUUCUAAAUAGCUUGGGGUCAGAAGCAUGAUAUCAUAAAAAAAAACGGACAGGAACCAGCCUUCGUUAUAGCGACAGUAUAUAGGCCUAGGUUAAAGGAACACUUAUCUUCCUCUAUCGUUUUUUUACAACAAAACAUAGGAACUCACCAUUUUCACAUGUUGAUGUUGGGGUGAUGAUGAAUAUGAAGUUGGAAAAAAUGUGGUGUUUCCCUUUAAGGGUAGCCUACAGGAUGGCUUGGUUUGUAAUCAUAUGAAACGGAAAACAGGCAAUUGUUACAGGAAAAUAACUUCUAAAGGGUCACAAGCAUCAUCUCAUCUCUCGUUUCAUGAUGGGCAUAUGGACACAAGUAGCAUGCGUGGAGGGGUUUUUACACACAUACAUACACAUAUAUAUAUGUGUGUAUUGUGUAGGCCUAAGUUAUUUUAGCCAGCUCCCGUUUUGGACGUGCGUAAAUAUAUAUAUAUAUAUAUA